AUGAAAUUCAAUUGGACAAACUCACACCUUUCUGCUCAAUCGCACACCGGAUCUCCAGUCACACGAACGCGCUCUGCUGCAUCUCCCAGUCUGUUCACAUCUACAGCAUAAAGUGAUUACCUUCAGACAGGACAGCAGAGUGCUGAGCACUCACGUUCUCUGCAGCAUUCAACACCCAGAUGUCCAGCAGAGGACAACAAAAUGACCGGCUCGGUAGGAGGAGUACGAUAAAAAAAAAAAAUCCUCAAGAGUUUGCUACGCUCUCAAUAUAUCUCACAUUUUCUGCUUGCGCCAGGCAAACCCCAUGAAGGAUUGAUACAAAUUAACGAUUUAUAAAAAUGACUUUGCUAGCGUUCUGUGGAACACAAUGACAGCAAGCAACGGAUAAUCCUAGGUCAGAGAACAGUUUGGUCGUAAUGAUCAAGCGUUUUAUAUCUCUGGUGCUUCUCCUUUUUGGCGGCUAGACGCUAAGUUGCGUCUCCUGGUCGGGGGGAAAAAAGCGGGAACGAUCCCGGCUGUAUUUAAAGCACGGGAGCAGGCGUGUGGGGAAGCUGGCUAUAAUAACUAUCUUGAUUGCAUAGUGAUAAGCCUGCGGCGCGUGCACAGGCGCUUUUAAAAUAUUCCUGCAACCGUCCACAACUGCAAGUUUAGCAUUCAACACGUGUCGCGCGAGUGGAAGAGAGAGAGAGUGAGAGGUUGCUAGGUGACGGAGCGUAUAUACUGAAUUUAAACAAAAUAACUGGAGAGAGAGACUGAGUGAGUGAGAGAGAGAGAUUGAGAGAGAGGGGAGGGGGGAGGUAAGGAGGGUGGGAGAGAGCUAGUCAGCAACAUGUAGGCAGGCUGAGUAAAGAGAGGUCGAGACUGUGUGUGCGUACAAAUUUUUUUGUACGUUUUUUUUUCUUUUUCUUUUUUUUUUUUCUUUUUACCUCAGUAACAUACUGGGUGGAAACGUCGUGGAAAUGGGCAGCAGUGGAAUGGAUAUACAAGUGACGAAGUGCCGCAGGGAGAGCAGAGCGUCUGGAUCCUGAAAAACAAAAAAUGAAUGGCACAGUGUGGCCCACACACACCACAGAUAACUAGUAGAUGUCAUCAGGGACAGUUCUAUUAUACUCGACAUCCCCAUGAUCGACUGCAGCCUUGGAGAUUGCAGUCAUGUGGCCUGAUGUGGUCUCGUUCCUGCAUAAAACGCUACCCACCCAAGUGACUCUUUGGCCGUGUCAUGGCGGCAAGGCCUGCCCUUUCGUUCUUAUUGGCUGUGCUGGCGUGCACUGGGCCGGCCCAGCCCUCACCCCCACUGCUGCUCCGCCCCCGGGAGAGAGAGAGGGACUCUGGAGGGGCUUCGGGCGGAGUCAACAUCGCUGUAGUCCACUCCGGCUCCUCCCACCUCCCGGAAACGAGUGCCGGGGUGGGGGGUGUGGGCGGUGCCUCUUCGACAGGCUCCGGCUCUGGUGCCGGGCCAAGCAGCAGCAACUCGGGGACAGGUUUUCUGAGUCGGGCCUGGUCAGGACAAGUGGGAGAGAGCGUGAUGACGCCAUGGGGACCUGCAAACGUGAUCUGGCUGGCCGUGAACGAGAGCAGUCCUGGGAGCCUCUUGCUACAGUUGUGUGAGUUACUGGCUACCACUCCACUACAAGGCCUUGUGUUUGAGGAAGAGAAGCCGCCACCGCCCAACCGGGCACCAUUAGCACCUAUGCUGGAAUUUGUCUCGGCCCAAACAGGAGUGCCUGUGAUUGCCGUUGGUGGAGGGGCUGGCUUGGGGAGGGAGCCACAGGAGAGCGGCUCUGUCUACUUGCAGUUCUUGUGCUCCACUGGCCUGCAGCUGGAUGUCAUUUUUGAAGUUUUGGAGGAGUUUGAUUGGACGGUGUUUUCUGUGGUUACCACACGCCACCACGGCUAUGAGGACUUCCUGGCCAUGGUAGAAGGCAUGAUAGAUGGCUCCUUCAUCGGCUGGGAGAGAAAGAGCGUGGUGAUGCUCAACCUGACUGAUGACCCGGGUGGGGUUCGUACACGCAGGCUGCUGAAAGAGAAUGAAGCACAGGUGCGGCUCCUAUAUUGCUCACAGGAAGAGGCGGAGCACAUUUUUAAAGCUGCAUGGGCAUCCGGGCAGGCUACUCCUUCACAUAUGUGGUUUGCGGUGGGCCCGGCUCUGUCUGGACUUGGUCUUGAGGGUCUGCCCAAGGCUGUUUUCACUGUGCGACCCCAGGGAUGGAGGGACGAGCCACGACGGCGAAUUGCAAAGGGUGUGUCGGUAUUGACGCACGGUGCUAUGGCUUUACGUAGGGAGUAUGGUGGGGCCCGAGGGACGAGCUACGCUGGAAACUGUAUGAUGGAUGGAAAUCAAACACAGAGGGUGCCGGAUAGGAUCAGGUUUUUCAGUAACAUAACUCUAUCUGGACGGGACUAUUCCUUUAAUAAUGAUGGUUAUCUGGCAAAUCCACUCCUGGAUGUUAUCUCCUACACUGCAGGAAGAGGCUGGGAGGAGGUAGGUUGGUGGGAAAAUGGAGUGCUGCGUCUGCGUUAUCCUCCCUGGUCCCGUUACGGCCUGUUCCUCAAACCUCUGGAUGACUCCCAGCACCUGCGUGUGGUUACUCUGGAGGAGAGGCCGUUUGUCAUUGUAGAGCCUGCUGAUCCUGGAACAGGCUCUUGUAUCAGAGACUCUGUGCCAUGCCGUCUGCCACUCAACAACAGCAUGGUUGUUGAGGUCAUUCACUCCACGAAGCACUGCUGCAAAGGCUUCUGUAUUGAUGUUCUCAAGCGCCUGGCUAAAAUAGUAGGCUUCACCUAUGACCUCUAUCUGGUGACCAAUGGCAGGCAUGGAAAGAACAUAGAUGGAGAGUGGAAUGGAAUGGUCGGGGAGGUGGUGUCCAAGCGGGCUGACAUGGCAAUCGGCUCCUUGACUAUUAAUGAAGAGAGGUCAGAGGUUGUGGAGUUCUCUGUUCCGUUUGUGGAGACUGGCAUCAGUGUCAUGGUCUCUCGCAGCAAUGGCACAGUGUCACCAUCUGCUUUCCUAGAGCCGUACAGCCCAGCUGUGUGGGUGAUGAUGUUCGUCAUGUGCCUGUCUGUGGUAGCAGUGACCGUCUUCAUAUUCGAAUUCUUCAGCCCUGUUGGAUAUAACCGAAGCUUACAGAGUGGAAAGAAGGCAGGAGGUUCAAAGUUCACCAUAGGGAAGUCUAUUUGGCUGCUGUGGGCUCUGGUGUUUAAUAACUCUGUUCCGGUGGAAAACCCAAGAGGCACCACCAGUAAGAUAAUGGUGCUGGUCUGGGCUUUCUUUGCUGUCAUCUUCCUAGCCAGCUACACUGCUAACCUGGCUGCUUUCAUGAUCCAAGAAGAGUACAUCGACACUGUGUCUGGCCUCAGUGAUAAGAAGUUUCAGCAGCCCACAGAGCAGUAUCCUCCCUUACGCUUUGGCACUGUCCCAAAUGGGAGUACGGAGGAGAAUAUACGGAGCAAUUACCCCAACAUGCAUCAGUACAUGGUGCGUAACAAUCAGAGAGGUGUGGAAGAGGCCAUCGACAACCUUAAAACUGGAAAACUGGAUGCAUUCAUAUAUGAUGCAGCUGUCCUGAAUUACAUGGCUCGUAAGGACGAGGGCUGCAAAGUAAUGACCAUUGGCUCUGGCAAAGUGUUCGCUACAACAGGAUAUGGCAUUGCCUUACACAAAAACUCCCAAUGGAAGCGGCCACUAGACCUUGCCCUCCUGCAGCUAGUAGGAGAUGAUGAAAUUGACAUGCUUGAACGACUCUGGCUGUCUGGGAUCUGCCAUAAUGAUAAGAUUGAGGUGAUGAGUUCCAAGCUGGACAUAGACAACAUGGCGGGAGUGUUCUAUAUGCUUCUGGUUGCCAUGGGCCUAAGUCUGCUGGUGUUUGCAUGGGAGCAUCUUGUCUAUUGGAAGCUACGCCACUGUUUGGGCCGCUCUGGAGGAAUGGAUUUCCUACUGGCUUUUAGUCGGGGCAUGUACAGCUGCUGCAAUUUUGAGGAUGAAACAGCUCCUGGAGGUUCCCAAAGCACACUUACUCAAUAUCAUCAUGUCUCCAUGGUUCCUCCUCCUCCACCGCCUCAUGUGAUCUCUACAGCUGUUGCCAAUCCCCCAAUCGCUAUGGCACAACAACAACAUCAACAGCAGCAGCAGCAGCAACAAAAGCAACACCACCAGCAGCCACCGGUAUACAAUGCUCUUCUUCCUGGCAACCCUCCUUCAGGUGGACAUUCUGGAAUGGCAUUAGGGCCAUUGAACAGUCCCAUUCUUGGAGCACCCAUGCCUUGCUCUACAUUCCUACCAAGGCAUGAUCGUCGAUUAGCUGUUGUGAAUCGGUGGACACAUCCAAAUGUGGGCCCUGAGAAGCCUGGUGGUGUGAACAGUGGGAAAACAGACUUAACACAAUUCCAAGGCAUGCCCCCUUACUGGGGUGCAGGAAUAAGAGGAGGAGAGGGGGGUCUGAAUGAGUACAAGAGAUACUAUGGGCCAAUUGAUCCAGAAGGCUUAGGGGUCUCUGCUGAACCUCAAAACAUAGGCACCCAAACUCCAAAAACUAAGCACCGGGGGACAAAAUCCUCUGGAAACCCACGGUUACCUACUAAAGGUCAAGCCUCUGGACACUUACCAAUUAACCCUGCUUUGCCACAUCCCUCUCCACCUCUGCAAUCUAUCUGGAGGAGAAGCAGCGUCUCAAAAAGGAAGGGUUCAGGGGGGCCACUCUAUGAAAACAUCCUUCCAUUCGGUAGGAGAGGUGGUGGCAGAUAUGGAAUGAGGGAUGGUGGUGGGAGAAGAGGACGUCGUCCUCCUCCUCUUCCUCUGCCUAUACCUAUGCCCCUCUCUUCUCCAACACAGACUCCACCCUCACCUUCUCCAUAUUUAUGCUACACAUCCACUUCCUCCAGCACCUCCAGCACUUCCAGUUCAUCCUCUUCUUCAGAGUCAGUCUCCCGAUCCAAUUCUCCCUCUUCUUCAUCAUCAUACACAUCAUCACAGAGCUUCAGAUAUCGGGCAGAUGCACGAGAUGCGUAUGAGGACUAUGACACAGAUGAGCUAACGGAGGAGUCAAGCUUGCUUUUGGGGAGGAGAAAAAGUCAUUCCCAGAUAUCUUUUCGAUCCUUGCCUAGCAGUCCUCCAGCACCACCUAUACCACCCCGUAAACCUUGCGGACAGAGGCCGCAGAUUAGAGACAGAGCAGGCAGCCAGAUUGCACAGCUUCAAGAGUGGUGGGCCUCUUGGGGAGAGAAAGAAAAGUGUAGAAGAGCAACUGGAGAUAGAGAUGUUAAGCAGGAGAAACGACAUCAUAAAGAAAUUGAAAGAGAGAGAAAGAGGAGGAAGAAGGGUAGAAAGAAAAAGAAGAGAGAAGAGCGUGAAAAAGAAAGGGAGCGUAAAAGGCGUAAGGUGAAAAAGAAAAAGAAAAAAGAUGAAAAAUCAAGAAGAAGGGAGAGGGAAAAACGAUCUGAACAAGAGGAAGUAGAUAUGGACAGGAAAGAUGUCUUUGAAAAAGGAAUAGCACAGGAAUACUCUUCUUAUCCUGCACUGAGGCGAAGCUCUUUCCGAAAAAAGAGUGAAAGCUCUACAAGGAGUUAUGAGAGGGAUAUUAUCAGAGAUGGAGUAAAGAGAGAUAGGGAUGAUCAAGGUGGAGAAGAUGAAGAAGGCAGUAGAGGAAUGGAAAGGCUUCAGAGAAGCCCAAAAUCACAACGCCACUCCAGGCCAAGGUCCAACAACAAGAAUUUUUCUUGCUCAAACAAAACUUCUUCAACCGUUAAAUUUUGGAGUAGCAGAAACCCAACUUCCGAUUCACCAUCAUCAUUUGUACCCUUGCUUCCCAUAUAUAAAAGACGAAAGUCUGUAGGAGCUGAGAGAAAUGAGCAAGAAAGAGGUGGAGAAAAUCACCCACUUUUGGGAAAAAACAAGAGAGUUAAGCCUUGCUCGAGAGAAGGCCUGUCAUUUCAUGAAUGGGAUUCCAAGGAAGAAGAAGAAAAUGAGGAGUCUGAAGUGGAAAGACAUAGGCCAGAAGAACAGGGGCGACAACGAGAAAGCAGAGGAAUGGACUCUGAAUCCGAAAGGGAUAGAGAAAAAAACUGUUGAGAUAUACACAGAU